CCCUCCGUCUAGCUCAAAGCCUGCUAAAUGGAGAAACGACGUGAUGGCAGCGAGUUCGACUCUUUCCCGGUCUUUGGUGCGUCGCCCCCGCGCCACACGCGAUACAACGCCCAGCAACUUGCGCGCCACCCAACGGACAGAUCGCACAACCCCCCGUACUUCCCCGCCGGAGCCCACGUGCACGGCAUCCCAAGCCCGGGGGAGCGGCGGAAGAUUGAAUGCGCCCUCCGCGCGCAUCCCCCCAAUCUUCCGACUUUUCGGUGGGCGGGUCUCGGUCGCGGACCACCGAGGUCUGAUCCGGAAAUAUGCGACGCCGGUCUGGAAGAUUGGGCGGCGACUGGGCACGGCAUUGGGCCGGCAUCUAACCGCUCUAAUCAGCAAUUCACUCCCUUCCUCACACUUUCCUACCUCCCCUUCGCUUCGACAUUUCUUCCUCAAUACUUUCUUGUUCUCGUCCUCUGUGAGUCCCCUAACCUCGUUCUUGUUCUGAGUCUUACGUCCUCUUUCCUUCAGGCCAUCACGUCGACCGCCACGACUCGCUACGGCCUUCCGCAUCUCACCACCACCUGCGUCGAUGCCACGCUCAUCUUCUGCGCCUCGAUGCGCGCUCAGCAGACUUGCAACUGGAGGGGAGGCCACUCGACGACGUUCGGAUUGGAGCGGGCCGCCGUACGGCCUCCGACGACGGCAGGGCUGCAUGCCGUCUCUGUAGAGGAACAACAGGACGGUCUCACUGCCGUGCUCAUCUCGGUGAGUCUGCGCUCUUUUUCACCGCCAGCUGCACCGCGGGCGAGCGUCGUCAGUGUCGGUGAGCUGAUUCUCCUCCGUCGCGUCUCGUGGAUCACCUCAGCGCAGGCGAUGAGCGCAGAACGCCGUUUCCCGCCCCCACCCUUCCUCUCCGUCGGCGUCUGGGAUAUUCUCGACUGUCGUCGUCACACGCGCAACGAUUCAGGACACCUCCUCUCUCC